CUGCUUGGGCGGCCAGGGGGUGUAGUUGGCGCCGGGUGCCAGGCGCACGCCUCUGCCUGACACGCAGCGAGGGAGAGGCGGAGGAGCAGCUGGAAGGGCCGGUCGGGCGGCGGCUCCGCGGUGGUGCUGGGGAUAAUUAGUGUCUGUGAGUCUGUCUGCCUCCGGGGGGCAGGGCGGGGGAGGCAGUGCGUGCCUGGCUGGGUGUGUGCGAGCCGGUGACUCGUCCCGGCCCCUCCAGCGCAGCCUCCACCCAGCGGGCUGGGAGCCGCCCUGGCCGCGCUCCCCUCCCUGACCCUCCCCUUACCCCGCCGGCCAAGGGAGCCUGGCAGAGCGAGCGGCGCCGGCGUCAUGUGACAGCGGAGACUAGUGCCAGGAGCCCGGGCGAGCCGAGCGAGCGAGCGCCCUCCCCUCGCCCAGAGACGCACGGCCACCGCGGAGCGCACAGCCUCAGCCGCAGGGAGCCGGGAGGCGGGCCGGGUGCUUUGCUCUGUUUCACAGCCCCCAUCGCAGGGCUUCGGGCGGCGGCGGAGGCCCCCUGCUUGCUGAGGAAAUACAAAUUGUAAGAAAAGUAUUUCAGGUGAACACAUAAGCUAAUAAUUUUGGACUACACAGACAUCAGAAGAUUUCACUGAAAAGAUGUUAAUGUUUGACCCAGUCCCUAUCAAGCAAGAAGCCAUGGAACCUAUUUCAGUGUCAUACCAGUCCAAUUACAUGGACCAAAUGAAGCCAAACAAAUAUAGUGUCAUUUAUCCUACCCCAAAUAUGUUGCACAAUAAAUUCUAUCCAACCCCAGAAGGACUAGCUAAUGGAAUCCAAAUGGAGCCAGUUGACCUUACAGUGAAUAAACGAAGCUCACCAUGUUCAGCUGGAAGUUCUCCUUCUCCUCUGAAAUUUCAGACUGUACAUAGAAGAGCCUCACCUGGAUUAACUUUGUCCUCUCCCAGCCCGCCUAUGAAAAAAUUCACCCCACCACCUCCCCCAGGAGUUCAGCCUUUUUCCAUGCCAUUAACAAUCCCUCCAGUAAUGGCUGCUCUUUCACGCCCUGGACUUAGGAGCCCUGGAAUACUUCCAGUUAUACAGCCACUUGUGGUCCAGCCUGUUCCUUUUAUGUAUGCUCCACAUCUCCAUCAACCUAUAAUGGUGUCCACUGUUCUUGCAGAAGAGUUGGAAAAUCCAAGUAGCAUGCCAGUGCCUGUAAUUGAAUCUUAUGAGAAGCCCACAUUAAAGAAAACGAUCAAAGUAGAACCAGGAAUCGAACCACCAAGAACCGAGUUCUAUCCUGAACAAAUGUCUCCUCCAAUGAUGACCUCCUUGUCUCCUCAGCAAGUAAUGUUGCAAGAGAAUCACCCUUCAGUUAUAGUUCAGCCAGGAAAGAGACCUUUACCUGUGGAAUCUCCAGACACACAAAGGAAACGCAGAAUACACAGAUGUGAUUAUGAAGGUUGCAAUAAGGUCUAUACUAAAAGCUCCCACCUAAAAGCUCACAGAAGAACGCAUACAGGUGAAAAGCCAUACAAGUGCACCUGGGAAGGAUGCACGUGGAAGUUUGCUCGUUCUGAUGAACUAACACGACAUUUCCGUAAACAUACCGGAAUCAAACCUUUCCAGUGCCCGGACUGUGACCGUAGUUUCUCACGCUCGGACCAUCUUGCUCUCCACAGGAAACGCCAUAUGCUAGUCUGAAUGUCUCUUGUCCCUCAACUCCCAUCACACUUUUUUUUACAUGUGCAUUUUAAUUUGAAUUCAGCUGGUCUGAAUCUCUGAUCUUACACAAUUAAAAGCUUCCAUAUGGUCAGUAAUAGAUGUUAUCUAACCCUGCUAUGUCCUUGCCACGGGUCAGACCUAAAGAAUGUGAACAUUUUUUUUUUCCGAGGGAUGCUAAGCAAACCCUUCCUGCAGACAGUAUAUGUUAUGUAUUCCUUUGUGAAUAAGGGAAUUUGUAAACUAGCAACUUUGUUGGUUUUGCCAUAUAAUAUAGCCAGCAUAUAUUGAUCAACUAGUAAAUGUUAUUGAAUAUCCAGUCCUUGCCAGAGACUUUAUUUAUGAGCCCUGCAAAGGAUACACUCUCCUUUUAUGCUCAACAGUGCAAUGAAUGGACUUUCCAACAUUGCUGGUUACAGCAGCGUGUUUAAAGCAACACUUUUAGAAAGACACUUCUCACUGUAGAAAUCCCCUCUGCCAAGACAGUGAAUGACACUGUAAUAGCUAACCUAAGCAAAGUACUCUCUUUACAUCAUGGAAAAAUUAAGUGAUAACUGAUUUGGGCUAAAUUAAUAAUAUUAUUUGAAGAAUCAUCAGCAGAAAUUGAUGUGUACACAUGAUUGUGCCUCUAAACCAACGUCACCUAUCUUUUGUAUUAUACUGCAGUACGUGAGCAUGUGUUUAUUGCAUGAUGCUUUGGUAGAUUCCUUAAGUGUGUGAUUCCUGUGUGACACUAUCUCUGUUUUGUGUGCAGCCAUAUAGAUGGAACACACACGGUACUCCUAUGACAUGACAUGAAAUGACAUUCAUAGAGACCUACCAUACCUCAUUUCAGGGGUAAAGAUGUAUCCCUUGAUAAUCACUCCCCUGUGUUUCCUGUUCUUUUAAAAACUUCAUCGUACCUCAAAAGCAGCAAUUGUCAUAUCAGAAUGCUCCAAACUGUACCAUUGGUGGAAGUGAGUGCCAAUUUGAUACACUACAGUAUUUAAAUUUUAGUUCACAAGAUUUUUUUGAUGGCAAAAAGCUGAAUGGCAUCCAAUAGGAAGCACUUCCUGUGAGAAAUUGAGUUGUGUAAAUGUCUCAAAUGACGAGAGUAGGCUUGAUAAGCCAUUUAAUGACUCUGUGAUUUGAUUUGUGGCUCUGUUGGUUUCUUGAUGCUAGGUGGACCAAGAGAUCCCAUGGAUGUGCUUGUUGUAUUAACAAAUUGCGUCAGAAACGUUCAACUCCCAGUUUCAGUUAACAAAAUAAAAUAAAUAACCUAAAGUUUGGUGCUAAAUAUGUUCCAGAACUUUGGAGAUGUUAACUGCAUUAAAAGGGAGGUUCCUGCAUUUAUUAGUUGGCUGCUUUUGUGGCACCGCAUGGAAACAAGAUGUAUUUGUCUAGACUGUUAUGCACCACAACGUUUUUUGUUCAGUUCAUUAUGCAAAUCAGGCGUAGUUCCUGCAAUAUGAGAAUGUCAGUCAAAUUUUCACUUUGUGGAAAAACCCACUGGAAAAGAAAAUAUCUGCAUGCUGCCCUCUAUGCGAAAGAAUUUGAGACCCGGUGGCGCAGGAAGUGUUCAUGACCCUAAACACUGUGGACACCUGGAAAAUCCUGCAGAUCCAAGAGUUGUGCCAGUUUACUCUCUUGGCAGUGUGGUUCACAUUUACCUGACAUCGACAGCUGCUCCCCUCUGUCAGCAAAACUGGCAGGAAGGUGCGCGUCUCCAAUAGUAUAAAUAUAGGCCAAUGUAUAGAUGUUUGGGAGGGUAAAGAAUAAAAUGAUACCUUACAGCUAUCUGAACUUUAAUGCUGAGUGUCAGAGUAAUUAGGGAUAUUUUCACUUAUUGUACAGAAAAGUGCAAAGGGUGCUUCUGACGUAAAAUAUGAAAUAUUUCCCCUGCUCUAAAAUUAACAUAUACUAAAGUAUGGAACUGGACAUCCAUUUAUCUAAGGCAGCAGUUCUCAACCAGGGGCCUGGGGCCCCCUGGGGGGCCGUGAGCAGGUUUCAGGGGUUCCACCAAGCAGGGCAUUAGACUCACUGGGGCCCAAGUCAGAAAGCUGAAGCCCCACCACAUGGGGCUGAAGGCAGAGGCCUUGAGCCCCACCACCCAGGGCUGAAGCCAAAGGUCCCAGGCAAUUGCCCUGCUUGCUACCCCCUAAUGCAGGCCCUGGCUUUUAUAUGCAGAAAACUAGUUGUUGUGCCACAGGUGGGCUGUGGAGUUUUUAUAGCAUGUUGGUGGGGCCUCAGAAAGAAAGAAGUUGAGAGCCUCUGAUCUAAGGAAUCUCUUACCCUUUUGCAGUGCUGUGGUGUUACACAGUCAAAACAUACAGUGAGGAAUGAGAAUUUUCAUACCAUAUCUCCCAGCACUUGGAAGUUUUGUGUGAAUGCUGGUGUAAGGGAUCUGAGCCACAUUCUGCUCUCCUGCACCACUGUAAGUCUGGAGUAACUUUCCUGGAAUCUAUGGAAUCCUGGAAUUGAAGCUAUGCCAGAUUUAUAGUUGUGUAACUGGAUAGAAAUGUAAUUACCAGGUAAAUUCUCUCAGCCUUCUGUUGAUACGUGGCUCUGUCACGUACGAAAAAACUUCCUGGAAAGAGAACUAGCGUAGACUAGACCAAUUUUUUUUUCCAAGUGCCUGUAACAUCACAGAAUCAAAAUUGAUAUCAAAAUUAAGCUGUAGUUAUUUACAGCUAGCUGUUCCAUACCUGAAGAACUCUAUUGACUUUAAUAGGGGCUCCACACAAUGAGCUGCCACAGGCUCAAUUCCUGAAUUUGAACUUUUAAACAUAUCACAGGAGGAUAGGUGUUUGGCAUGCUGUGGAUGAAAACAACUCAAUUAAAACCUGGAAACAAGCAGAUAGGAUCCUAUAAAGAAAGGCAGGUGUCAGACAUUCUAAUUCCAUUUCUAUUUUUAACUAAUUUAUUCACAUCAAAUUUGGUAUUUUUUGUGACAUUAAAUUUCCUGUGCUGCUAAUUUUUUUUUUUUUUUUUUUGGUCUUCCAUAAAACAGUUUUAAGUGUUUGCAUCUUUUGCUCACUAUAAUCUGGGGCUGCGUGGUCUUCUGGCAUAACUCCACUGAAGUUAAUGAAAUUACUCCAGCAGAGCAUUAAAUCCCUGACAUGUAGGCUAUUAAAUCAGCUGUUAACCUGUUUGCCUCUGUUAAAGAUAUUUAUAAUGAGUUGUAGGGAGAAAUACUGUUAAGAUGCAAUAUAAUUAUAAAAUGCCCUUGGCCAUAUGCUUUAUGAUAUAGGACAUUGACAGCAGGUUUAAAUUUAAACAUUAAAUAGAAUCUUAAUUACUGGUAACUAAAUAAGAUAGUUUCAUGUAAAUAUUUUGUUAUAGGAUUUUUCACUUUAUAUAUGUGGCGUCAUAUCUUCUGGGAAGUCAGAAAAGUGAUUACAAAGUAAAUUUUAUCUUUUUAGUUUAAAAUGUGAAUCUGCAUUUUAAAUGGGGCAUUAACUCUAACUUUAGUUUGGGGAGUGCAUCCAAAAAAAAAUAUAUAACUAAGGAAAUACUAAACAAGUAUCAGCUCCAGUCUAGAGAGCUCACUCCUCCUCUUGUUGACCUGAAUGGAAGCAGGACUGGGUCUAAAGACACACACACAACUCUGCUGCAGGAUUUGCUUUGUGUAUUUAAAAGAAAAACCUGUGCACUAGCAGUAUUGCACUGUACAGUAUGUAACUUGGAAUACCAUUAUACUGAUAUUGUACCUGUAUGUACCAUUCAACAUUAAAAUGGAUUACAUAUUUCCGAGACAAUCCUUCGGAGUUAAACAGGUAUGACAGUAAUAUGGUUUUAUUUAAAUAUACACUGUAGUUCUGUAGUGAUCUAACGCCACAAGCUUGUCUGAAUAUGUUGUCUGUGUUUUGUCUCUGUCAAGGUUAGCAAACUGUAAAUGAGUGCAAAUCGUUUCUUAAACAAAACAAAAAACAUUUUACAUGUAUUAAGAGGGUUACAAAAAUGUUCAUUGUCUUACAGAUAUUAGCACUUUUCUGCUAUUUAUGUACUUUAAAUGUUAGAGGGUCAAAAUAAUCUUUCUGCUUAGCAUUUCUUAAAACAUUACCUGCAAAUGUAGCAGGGAUAUUACAUUUACUUUAAUACUUGUAUAAACUAUACAGAAAUUUUUUUAAUAAAAUGUAAUAUAUUUUAUAAGCUAAUAAGACUGGGUAAUUAAAGGUUUCUAGCAUGCAUUACUAUAACUUGCAAAUACUGAAACAUUUUGGUAAUCUUUCUUACUAAAGAUGUGAAUGUUUAAUGUACUUUCACUGUUUCUACUUUGGUAGUCCAAUGGGAAUUCAGUAAUGACAUUUUGUCAUGUCAAACUGUGAACAUAAAUUUGUACUGUACAGUCCUCAUACUAUAUACAGUAUACAAUAUGUAUUAUACUUGUUAAUAAAACCAUCAGAAUAUUAAA